UAAAGGAAGAGUGUAAAGACACUUCAGGAGCAACAUUGUAAUAGACUUUAAUAGGAAGAAGAUCUGCGAUGGACAACAACAAGGGUUUGAUUAUUGACGUGGAUCUGAGAAGUCAUGAAAACAACUUGGCUCACCGCACCAGGGAGAUUGAUCGGGAGCGCCUGAUUGUCCGCAGGGGUCAACCCUUCUCCAUAACCUUGCAGUUUUCUGACUCUCUGCCCCCCAAACACCACCUGGAGCUGGUCCUGCACCUUGGUAAGAGAGAGGAGGUGGUGAUCAAGGUUCAGAAGGAGCGUGGGGCCGAAGACAAGUGGUGGUUUACCCAGCAGGGAGCACAGGAUGAAGUGCUGCUGACUCUGCACAGUCCAGCAGACGCCAUCAUUGGCCACUAUCGCCUGGCUGUGUUGAUGAUGUCGCCCGACGGACACAUUGUAGAGGAGGCGGACAAAGCUAGGUUCCACCUGCUCUAUAACCCGUGGUGUAAAGAUGAUGUGGUGUACCUCCCUGAUGAAAGUCUACUCCAGGAGUAUGUAAUGAAUGAAGAUGGAAUCAUUUACAUGGGGUCCUGGGAUUACAUCAGAAGUAUUCCCUGGAAUUAUGGACAGUUUGAGGACUAUGUGAUGGACAUCUGUUUUGAAGUCUUGGACAACUCUAAGGAUGCCCUGAAAAACUCUCAGAUGGACAUUGAGCGCAGAUCGGACCCUGUCUACGUCAGCAGGAUGAUCACUGCGAUGGUGAACUCUAACGGUGACAGGGGUGUGUUGUGGGGCAAGUGGGAGGAGCCGUACUCAGACGGAGUCGCACCUUACCGAUGGACAGGCAGCGUGCCGAUCCUCCAACAGUGGAGCAAGGCCGGGGUGAGGGCGGUCAAAUAUGGCCAGUGCUGGGUGUUUGCUGCUGUCGCCUGCACAGUGCUGCGCUGUCUGGGAGUCCCAACGCGCCUCAUCACAAACUUCAAUUCAGCCCACGAUGUCGAUGGAAACCUCUCUUUAGACGUCCUGCUGAACGAAAGACUGGAGAGCUAUGACAGCAGAGCCAGAAAAGACAGUAGCUGGAACUUCCACUGUUGGGUCGAGUCCUGGAUGACGAGAGAUGACCUCCCAAAAGGAAAUGAUGGCUGGCAGGUUUUGGACCCCACCCCUCAAGAACUGAGUGAUGGUGAGUUUUGCUGUGGUCCGUGUCCAGUGACGGCCAUCAAGGAGGGGAUUCUGGGAGUAAAGUAUGACGCUCCAUUUGUAUUCGCUGAGGUGAACGCUGACAUCAUCAACUGGAUCGUCCACCAAGACGGCAGACGGGAGAAGCUCAGAGUGGACCAGGCGAGUGUGGGCAGGAACAUCAGCACCAAAAGUGUUUACGGUGACACCAGAGAAGAUGUCACUCUACACUACAAAUAUCCUGAAGGUUCCAGGGAGGAAAGGGAAGUGUACGAGAAGGCGGGACGCCGGGUCACAGAGCCGGCCUAUGGGAAUGAAGCGCCAGGACAACUGCAGCUGUCAAUCAAGCAUGCUAAGCCUGUUUUUGGGACAGACUUCGAUGUGAUUGUUGAGGUGGAGAACAUAAGUGUCACAGAUGCUCACGCUCAGCUGACCAUGCUGGCCAUGGCUGUAACUUACAAUUCACUCCACCGGGGGGAGUGCCAGAGACAAACAAUCAGUGUGACAGUGCCCGCUCACAAAGUCCACAGGGAAGUUCUGCGUCUGCACUAUGACGACUACGUCAGGUGUGUCUCUGAACAUCAUCUGAUCAGGGUAAAAGCGCUCUUAGAGGCUCCAGGAGAGAAUGAACCCAUCAUGGCCGUGGCCAACAUCCCACUGAGCAUGCCUGAACUCCUCGUACAGGUACCUGGGAAGGCUGUUGUAUGGGAACAACUGACAGCCUAUAUCUCCUUCACCAAUCCUCUACCAGUCCCACUGAAGGGUGGCGUUUUCACUGUGGAGGGCGGCGGCCUGCUGUCGUCCACUGAAAUACGCGUGAAAGGUGAUGUAGCGCCAGGCCAGAAGGUGUCUGUCAAACUCUCCUUCUCACCCAUGCGGACCGGGGUGAGGAAGCUCCUGGUCGACUUUGACUCUGACAGACUGAAGGACGUGAAGGGAGUCGCCACCGUGGUCGUCCGCAAGAAGUACACCCCUUUUAUUACUAGAUUAUAUUAAACACCUUACAUUUUUGGGAUAAUGUGACGCUUCUUGGAUGUGAGAGGAAGAGCUGCCCUGUUUGAAUGUAAAAGGUAGCAUUAGUAUUAUAACAGAGUUCUAUAUAUGCAAAUAAAUUAUUUUUACAGUAUCCUUUUAAUUACCUUAAAGCCACUGUAUGUCACAUGUGAACAUUUAUGGCUUUGCAUUAUACCUGGCACUAGAUUCCCACAUGGAAAUGCACAGAAAAUCAUGUGACGGCCUCUGGAAAGCAAAUACAUUAUUUUUGUUUAUACUCCUCCUUUGUUCUUUUCUUGUAUUUCUUACUUGACUUAAAAGUGCCAGAUUCUCUCCUGUUCCAAAUCACUGCUGGUUUUUUAAUCCUGUUAAAUUAAGUGACAAACCAUCAAAACCUGAGUCACAAGGUGCAGGGUUGAAAACGUGUGUGUGCUAUUAUGCAUUAUUAUUAUGAAAAGUAGGAUUACACAAAAUGUGUUGUAUGUUUUUGUUACCUUUUUGCACUGUUUGAUUGGAAGAAACUACAAUUUUUUUCAUACUAUUUAAUCCUAAUAUUUAUGCAUUUGUGGAGUAAUUCUGUGUUCAAGCUGAUAUGAAAC